UUCCGCAAUACUAGUAGUUGAAUAGUUUCAGAGCGGCAAUCCUCGACUACUUCACCAUGUCUGUUAAAUUAAACGCGUUAAAUAGCGAUUCUUACAUUGAUGUUAGCCAAUACAGAGACCAGCAUUUUAAGGGAAACCGCUAUGAACAGGAGAAGCUGCUGAAGCAGAGCCACACUUUGUAUGUGGGGAACCUCUCCUUCUACACCACAGAGGAACAGGUUCAUGAGCUGUUUUCCAAAAGCGGAGAUGUCAAGCGCAUCAUCAUCGGCUUGGAUAAAAUCAAGAAGACAGCCUGUGGAUUCUGCUUUGUAGAAUACUACACACGGGCAGAUGCAGAACAUGCCAUGCGCUUCAUUAAUGGCACACGGCUGGACGACCGUAUCAUCAGGACAGACUGGGACGCCGGCUUCAAGGAGGGGCGACAGUACGGCCGUGGCAAAUCUGGAGGACAGGUGAGAGAUGAGUACAGGCAGGACUACGACCCAGCCAGAGGCGGCUAUGGUAAGCUGGCUCAGCAGCACCCACCUGCAGAGUCACGUAACAGUUUUUAGGCUGAAUCCCACCACAGCAGUCUGCCUGGACUACACGGAGUGCCACCAUCAGACCUGGACUGGAUUAAUCCUCUAGCAAUGCCACCAUAGUGUCACCAUAGAUUGUUUGUCUCAGUGUUACCAUGAAACCUCUACAGCAUGAACCCGCUGGACUCUGGAAAUUCACAACUGUUAUUUAUUUAUUUUAGAGGCUUGUUUUUUCUCUUCUGACUGCCUCCAUACCUGCCAUCAGUCCACGUGAAAGCACAGGCCAGACUCCAAAGUUACUGUGUGAUAUUUUCAUUAUUCUGCAUAUAGUAAUACCAUAUAUUUCCCCACAGGCUGGAAAACUGUGAUAGCAUGCAAUGACUGGGUUGUAUCAACUGUAUCGAAUAUCAAUUUCACAGAAUGAUCUUGCUGAAGUACUGAUUUCCAUGAAUGAAACUUUGUGUCCCAAACCGUGUAUAAUUUUUUUAAAUAAAGAUUUUUUUUUUUACA